AUGGGGGGCAAGGCCUUUGCCCAUGUGACGCCUCCUCUACUCACUCCACGCAUGUCGAAGGAGGUGUACCUUGCAGCCAAGAACCAAGUAGUUCGUGCUUUGAGCAAGGGGUUUGACUGGAUCGACUCACCAACCGAGGGGCCCGGCAAGGAGGACUACGGUGACAUCGACAUCAUCGUCACUCAGUUCAAAGACCCUCGCCCCAGCAAGGAGGCGCUCCUUAGCCAAAUCAACUUCCUCCUCGGAUCUGAAUACCAGAUCAACUCCAAGGGUGAUGAAAUCUCUGGCAACUUUGCUAUUCCUUGGCCAGCGGAUUUUCCGUACCCUUCCGGUUAUGGAGAGGACAAACCUGAUGACGACACAUCUCCUCACGUCGCGCCUAGCUCUACUGCUGGCCCAUCGACUCCCAAGACCGCUCCUAAGAGUCUUCUAGAGUCCAGUCCCAGUGACGAUUUCGAAUCCAGCCCCAAGAUUCCGUUUCCUAGUCCCAAGCAACCCAGUCCCAGAACUCUGGAGGCCAGGGCAAAAGCCUUUUUUGAAAGUGGCAUUUGGACUAGGCACAUUCGCGUAUCCUCGGUCAUCACUCAACCAAAACGCCAAAGCUCACAGGGAUCUGCUCCAACGACCCCUGAUGGGGGCGAGAAGCGACGAUUCUCCUGGAUUCCAAAAAGCAAAGCACCAUUCAUACCACGAAACUGCUCCUACAACACGUUGACCAAGGCACUGGAAAACGCAGACGAGGCCCUGAAGAAGAAGAACCAGUCUUCACCUUCAAUACCAGACAAGCCAAGCAAUGUUCCUAUCAAGCGCAAGCAGCGCCUCUACAUUCAAGUCGAUGUGACUUACUGUUUCGACGUUAGGCAGGCUAAGUACAUGCGCUUCUUCCAGUCUCACGGUGACAUCUGGCAAAUCCUAGGGUCCACCAUUCGACCCAUGGGCCUCACUGUGGACAACGUGGGACUUUGGAUCCGUGUACCUGAGAUUGAACGAGUGAACAAAAACCAAGCUAAGGUCUGGCUUACGUCGAAACCCACCUUCAUUCUUAAAUUCAUUGGGGUGUCGAUUCCUCAGUAUUAUCGACCUUUUCAAAGCAUCGAGGCAAUGUUCGAGUACGUUGCCAAAAGUCCCAUGUUUUCGGUACCUCCCAAGGAAGACAAGGAAGACAAGGACGUCGACCUCGCGACUAUGACACAUAACGAUCGCAAGCGCAUGUCUGCGCGCCCAGUCUACCGAAAGUGGGUUACAGAGUUCAAGCCCCGUUGCCGUGAGCAGGGCCUCUACUCCGAGUCCGUCUACACCCGCGAGACCGUUAAGGAGAAGGCCUUCAGGGAAUUCACGAUAGAAACAGAGUACCAUGAGCGCCUGCGAAAGUACAUCUACCAAGAACAGAAGAAAGCCAUCAGGAAGCAAAUCAAAGCUGCUCUUCCCAUCGGCGACGGCGACGGCGAUCCAGAUCAACAGGCUCUUUCUCGACGCGGGCUCACUAUUAAGGCCAUGAGCGAAAUCCUCAUUGACGAAGUUGAUGAAACCAUAUACGGUAUCGUUGCCCCACGCGCUUUGCUAGAGCCCAACGGCACGUACAACAUGGACAGGGUAUCAGCCUUCAUCACCGCCAAGCUGGAAGACGUUUCCGCCGCGGCCCUGAAGCGCGAGGAAAAGAUGUCCAAACGUCGUGAAGCCCACAAGGAGAUCAAGGCCAGGUUGGUAGAGCAAGCCCGUAUGAAGCGCGAAAAGGAAGCCAAAGAACAGCGCGACGAAACAGAGAAACAGAAGCGCGACUUGGAAGCUAAGAUCCAGCUCGAAGCAGAGACUUACCCUGAUUUCGACUAG